AUGUCACCUAUUCAAGAAGAUACUUUAUUUAAUAAACCAAAUACUUGUUUAAAGAUUACUCCAGAUCGUGAAUUGGUUGUUGAUCGUGCACCAAUUCCUCAAAUCUUACCCCAUCAAGUGAUGGUUCAUAUUAAAGCCACUGGUGUUUGUGGUUCUGAUAUUCAUUUAUGGAAAGAUGGUGGAAUUGGUAAUUUGAAAAUUACUGAAGAUUUAAUUAUUGGCCAUGAAACUGCCGGAGAAAUUGUUGGUAUUGGUAGUGAUGUUGUUCAAGGUUUUGAAAUUGGUGAUCGUGUUGCUAUUGAACCACAAACUCCAUGUGGUAAAUGUUUCUUAUGUACUGGAGGUCAUUUAAAUUUAUGUAAUGAUGUUGAUUUCUUAGGUAUGCCCGGUAUGCCAGGUAGAGCAGCAUCAAUUCCUGGAUCAAUGCAAAGAUUUUUGGUUUUAGAUCCAAUGUGGGUUCAUAAAAUCCCUGAUAAUAUGAGUUUUGAAGAAGGUGCUUUAGUUGAAGUAUUUUCUGUUGCUUAUCAUGGUAUUGAAAGAGCCGGUAAUUUGGAAUUAGGUAAACCUUGUUUUAUUGCUGGUAUGGGUCCAAUUGGUUUAGCUACUUUGGUACUUGCUGACGCUGCCGGUGCUUAUCCAAUUGUAGUUAGUGAUGUUUCUCAAGAUCGUUUAGAUUUUGCUAAAGAAUUAAUACCAUCAAUUAAAACUUAUCAAAUUCAAACUGAUAAAGAUGUUAAAGAAAAUGCUAAUAAUAUAAGAUCAAUUUUUGGUAAUGAUGAAUAUGAAAUGCCUUCUGCAGUAUUAGAAUGUACCGGGGUUCAUUCUUCAAUUAAUACUUGUUGUUAUGUUGUUAGAAGAAAAGGUGCCUUGACUAUUUUAGGGGUUUCUGGUAAAAAUGAAAUUGAUAACUUCCCAUUUAUGACCAUAUCUUUUGGUGAAGUUGAUGUUAAAUUUGUUAAUCGUUAUCGUGAUUCCUGGCCUCCAGUUAUUAAUUUAAUUGCUUCUGGUAAGGUUGAUGUUAAAAAAUUUGUUACUCAUAAAUUUAGUUUGGAACAAGCAAAUAAAGCUUUAGAAACCGUUCGUAAUCCAAAAAUCCCAAGCAUUAAGGUCAUGGUUUCAGAUGCACUAGAUUCAUCGAAUUUAUAA